AUGGCAUUCUCUCAGUCUGUUAUGAGGAGUCAAGCUCCAGUUAAAUGUGGAAUAUGUGAAACUGACCGACCAAUCCAGUGGGAGUGUAUUGACUGUAGUAAAUUACUAUGUGAUCAUUGUAAAGAAAAGGUCCAUCCAGAAUUCCAAAAAGCCAAAGAUCAUCAGGUAAUAACCAAAGUUACUGGACAAUCCACUGUUGCAGAACUGAGCAUCAAUAAACAAUAUCAGACUCAACUACCUGAAGUAGGUCAUAUAUCUUAUAAUGAUGAUGAUUCACUGUGGAUAAGUAAUGGUACAGAUAAAGUAUUGCAGAGAGUAAAACCUGAAGGAACCAAACUAAAGAUACUAUCCAGUUAUCAUACCAGGGUAUUUGGUAUGGCUGUUACUCAAUCAAAUAAUCUGCUUAUGUCAACAGGGAAAUCAAGACUUAAACAGAUCAGUAAUAAUACAGGUACACUUACAGACUCAGUAUAUAAUGUGACACCAUUCUUUGCUACAGCAGUCCAUGUUAACAGUGAAAAUAAAGUUCUAGUAGGAGGUUCUAUUACAGGCCACCCUUCAGAAGGAAGAAAUGUUGUAACACUGAUGAAUCAGAACGGAGACCAUGAGAGAGUGUAUGAACAUGAUCAACAUAAACAACCUAUAUUCACCUACCCAGGAAGAAUUACCAGUUCCAGUAAUGGGAAUAUACAUGUUUUGGAUCUAAUAAGUAUUUACACCGGCGGCAGAAUAGUAGUGUUAGGACAUGGUGGAGAUAUAAUCAAUAUCUAUACAGGAGAUACAGAGAUCAACAAGGUCAGACCAUUUUUUCCAGGAGACUUAGCAACAACACCUAGUGACAAUGUUAUUGUAGCUGAUGGGAUUACUCAUACACUUCAUAUCCUGAACAAUGCUGGCCUGCUGAUGACAUAUUAUAAAACAAAGGACAGAAACAUACAGUUUCCAUUGUCUCUGACAUUCUCUACAAAAGGCCAUCUCUACAUAGGAUGUGCUAAAGGAGCAGAAGGCAGUACAUGUAGAUCAAAGGAGCCCAAGAUAUUUGAAGUGACCAUAUUAGGAUAUUAA